GGAGGAGCGUGUGUUGCAAUGCCCUUCUGAUUGCACCUUGUUGAAGGUGGAGAAAUGCGUAUGGCGAGAAAUAAAGUUUGUAUAAGCAGAGUUUGGACAGCUUUUGCAAGCAGAAGGAAACAUAGAAGCGUAGAAUUAGGUAGCUCGGCUAGAAUCAAGGCUGUUCCAGCUUCAAUAAAACCGUAAAGUAAAGGAUUAUGGUUGUCACGACGUAAUCUUCAUGAACACUGAACAGAUAAAUGUCCUCUUUCAACGUCAAGAUUUUGACUUAGACAUGGAGUUGCUGAAUCCUGCAAAGAUUCGCGGCCUUGGAGUAAAGACUGUUUCUAUAAUUGGCACUGAAAAAGCUCGAGAUCAUGCUGUUUACAAAAUAAAAGUCACAUUUGGAGAAUGCAGCUGGAUUGUAAGGAAGAGAUAUAGAGAUUUUUAUGCACUCCAUGAAGAGCUGGUUGUCUCUCAUGGACUUCCAUGGGAUUUGCUCCCACCAAAGAAAUUCAUUGGCAACCUCAAUGCUGAGCACAUUGAAAAAAGAAGGCUUGCUUUGGAUAAAUACUUGCAAAAUAUCUUGGGGGUUUUGUUUGAAAUGCCCACUGAGGUGGUAGAAUUCUUGGAAUUUGACAGAUUUGAUGUCAACUCUGUUUGUCACAAGCUUGCAAAAGAUUUGUAUGAGAUUGGGGAUGGCAUUAUUGAUAAUGAUGAAGUUUUCACAAUUUCACCUUUACAAAUUCAUUGCAUCAAUAGAAGGCUGCUUUUACCAUUACCUACAUGUGAUUCAGAUGAUCCGAAGGAGGAUAUUGGUCAUCUUUAUUCCUUUGUUAGCCAAGCAAAACACAUAAAGGUUCAAGGCGCAAGCAAAGACAAUACAUUUUUCUCAGAGGGAGACCUCACAUUUGACGUUUCGAUCUUUAAGUCAUUGGAAACCUUGACACUUUGCGGCUGUGAUCUGGAAUUAUUGAAUGGUUUGGAAGUGCUACAACAUCAGCUAUGGGAGCUGAAUGUUGCCAGAUCACUCAAUUUUAUAAAGGAUAUACUGAUAACAGCAAACAGUUGGAGUUGUGGUGUUUUGACAAAAGUAGACCAGGAGGGCGAGCAGCAGUUUUCAUCGGAGUUGCCAUCUUGGAACAAGAUUGUGCUAGCUGCAUUCACCAACAACCAGCUCACAUCAAUAGAUAACACGAUUACACUGCUGCCUAAUAUUCGGAAGCUUGAUCUGAGCCACAAUCUGCUAACAGAUGUGCAGUUUCUUGAGAGCUUUCUAUACCUUCGAGAUUUGGAUUUGUCCUAUAAUGAAAUCACUGAUGUUGAGGAUUUCCCUUACAAACUUGGUGCCAUAUCGGUCCUGAAUUUGGCUGGCAAUCGAUUACGUGACGUCAAAGGACUGGAAAAAAUGUACUCUUUGAAAAGCCUGAAAAUUUCGGACAAUAUAAUUGAAAAGCUAGCCAACGUACUUCCGCUUGGCAAUCUACCCUUGCUCGAAAAUAUUGACAUCCACGGAAACCCUUGCACUGUAGAGCAGUUCUACAACGUGCGUCUUAUUGCCCAGUUUGGAGAUCGUUAUGAGCAAGUGACAGUUGAUGGCAUUCCAACAUGCAAAACCGAUCUGACGAAAGCUCGCGAAAUCAUUGAGCUGCAGAACAGUUACGAGCUCAUUACUGGCCCUGAGAAUUAUUACAGACCUUGCAUCACAGCCUCGUCUAGGGCCGCAGACCCAGUCCAGCCUCUCACUCCUCCGCGAUCGCCAAGACACAAGGGUUCCAAGAAACAUCAUAUUGCUGAAAUCAAGGAGGCUGCUUCUAAUCAAAGAAAGUCAGAUCUGCUGUCUUCCACUGAAAAAGAAGAAGUAAAGUUUCGUGAACAGGUCGAGAAGCUGAAAGCAAAAGCUGGCGAAUCGUGGCUUUCUUUCUAUAACGAGUUGCAAAUAGAGGAGACAGAACAAAGGACAAAGAAGGAGGCUACACCUUCACAGCGGAAAAUACCAGAGCAAAAGGCUGAGGUAAAGUUUAAUUCAACCAAACCUGAUGACCAGAAUUCUAAGCCGGUCAAUAAAGUAAAGCCUUUGCAGUUGCAAUCAAACAAUGAUGUGCCAGAUUCAUCGGACGAACGAUCUUCCUUCCGAAAGGUUGUGUAUGACGUCAUACGGGAAGAAAAGUACGAAGAGAAGCUUCCAGGAGCUGUCAUCAACGCCCUGGAGGAUAUGCUCGAUCAAAACAUUGAUUUGGUCAAUGAAACCUUUCUGGUUUUUUAUGAAGAUAAAAUUUCUGGCGAGGAUGAAGAGCAUAUUGUUACCUUUGAUGCUGACAAAAAGUGUUUGAUGGAAAUUGAUUUAUUGUCUGGAAGGCAAACUGGACAGUAUCAUGUAGAUGAGAUUCGAAACAUCCGUGUGGAAAAGAAAAGUGGGAAAUUCCUACUGUAUUUCGACGAAAAAGAUGAGCAUAGUUUAGAAAAGGGUCUUUGGUUGGAGAAGGAGCUCAAAUUUAAAGAUGUUAAAGACUGUGCCGGGCUGUUUGCUCUUCUGAUUGGAUACACUGAAGACAAUGGUAGCAAAAACACGUCAACUGAUGAAACACACGAAGACACCAAGCCGGAGCAUGUUGUAUCCCCAAUGGACAAUCCAUUUCUUCUUAGAAAUGAAGUUCUGCUCGGGUUUUUCCAGGAAUUCGUGCAGAAAACAAUGUCUGUGAGAAGAGAUACAGAACCUAGAGAGCGCGCGAUUGAAAAGACUGACAGCUUUAGUUCAAUGGCGUAUCAAAAUAUUGGAAUCGGCGCCCCUUUCUUAAAGCAUUCGGUACCAAGUGACACAAACCAAGAUGUAGUUUUGAUUCUUUGGGUUGGCUGUUUACCUUACAUUUUCCCAGAAGAAGAACUGCCAACGUGCCUCAUCAUGACUAAUGUUAAUAUCUUCCUGUUCCGUGUGUUUCUUCCGGAAGAUACUUCGCUAAGUGCUCUUCCGAAAACGGUUAAAGAGAUGAAGGAAAUCUUCCACUGCUUUUACAGUUUUUCUCUUAAGUCAAUCAAAGAGAUAGUUGUCGGCCUGUACGACCAAGCCUUUCGCAUUGAGGUGAACAACGAAGGAUCAAGGGGUACAUUCACGUUUCUCACACGCCAUGCAUCGAAAACAGCGCAAUUUCUCGAGGCAUAUUGCUCAGUGAUUGGACUGGGCGAGGAGAAGAGCUCGCUUGACAUGAGACGUAGGACAUCAUUCGUCUCCGGUGAUAUGACAUCUUGUAUUUCCUAUCCUGAUGAGAGUAAGAUUGACGCGCUCAAAACGCAGCUUACCACGCAAGGCUUUUCUCCAAUAGAAGAUCGCGAGAAUCUAAUAUCGUACUGCAUUGUUUACGUGUUUGAAGAUGCCAAAGAUCAAGAGGAGUUUCUCUACGCCACUGACAUCCCUGUGUCCAGCAUCAAAAGCCUUAUUCUAACCAAUCUGCGGCUGUUUAUGUGUGAUGAAGACUACGUUCAUUGGCCUCCGCCAUCUUUCGUGAGAAGCCUGCCAACUACCCCAGAGUGGGUUGUCGAUGAAGAAGAACCGGUUGCAGAAUUGAUUGGUGUUGACUUAUGGCAAAGUAACGAUCGGAAAUAUAUGCUCGCAGGGAAUUAUGGGAUGACCCUGACAUUCGAUGAUUCCGUUACUGAAUAUACAGAAAGUCUCAGCAAGGAGGAUGCGACGACUUUAUGGCAAGUAAUUUUUGGGUCAUUAUCAGAACGUGAUCAGUUCGUGCGUUCAUUGUCCUGUUUAUGGAAGAAUCAGUUUGAUCAGAACCUAUCCGUCACUCACUCUAAAUUACUUUUAAAACCAGUGUUAAAUCUUGAUGUUGUGUCCGAGGCCGGUUCGUUAGGAAACGGCAAAAAGGGUCAUACCAGAGUACCAUCCGGGAAUCUUUCGAUCCCCGUCACAAAGCCAAUCGAAUACCCAGACAUGCUUAUGGCCUUGAAUCCAGUAAGGCAAAGAAGUUACUUUAAGGACCACAUUGCACAGUUUGAAGACGAGGCUACUAAAGGAAUUCAAUUCAUUAUGUGCAGCGGAUGCAUCUCAUAUCUUCACCCUGAGAAGGAGUUCACCGUUGUCAUCAUAAUAAGCUGUUCGAAUAUCUACCUGAUUUCUUCAGAAGAAGACCAUGCUCUUAUCAGUGCGAAGAAAUCAAUAUUGGACGGAUCCGGGGGAGUCCCUUUGUGGCUUGUGAGUAUCGACUUUAAACGGCUGCAGCAAGUUGUAGUAGGGAUUUUUGACCAGUUGAUUCGGCUAGAAGGCGGCACGCCAGAUACUACAUUCACGUUGACAACUCGAGACUACGAUAAAACAAAUGGUUUUAUGAAGAGUUUGAGUGAAGCACUGCUAUCAGGGAAACCGGAAGAUCAUCUGCGAGCUAAUCGCACAGAAACUGUUCAGAACCAAAUUUAUAAGCUGUAUAAGAAGGAAGAUGAAGAAUCUGGGGCGAUUGCAGCUGCAAGCGAAUUUAUACACCCCAACAGCGAAGUAAAGAUCGUAUACCCAAGCGAUGAGAGUCUGGAAAAAUUGAAAGAAAACAUUUAUGAUUUUAUAAGUUUUUCCUGUGAAUGGCAUUCUGAUCGAAAUUUUGGUAUCUUAUUAUACCUGCUGGUCUCCGCAGAAACUGAAGAAACGGUACUGCCUUGCACAUUCAUUAUCAGUGAAAAUUUCGUUUGCUUGCUCAAAGAAGAUUACGUCAAUUAUCCAUUACCUAUGUUUGCGAAGGAGCUUCCGCAGACGCCGCAGUACAGACCUGCUGAUAUUCGCCUCAUUGCUGCGAUUAUACGUAUUGAGUUCCAGGAUCUGGUGAAUGGCACUUUCUCAAUCGUGUUCAACAGAGCUGGUGUAGAGCCAUCUUGUUAUGAUCAGAGGUUCAAAACAUCGAGUGUGGAGCAAGACUUUAGCCUCGUGACGGAUCUCAAUACAGAUGAGCGAUUCCAGGAAGAACAAGGUCUGCUGGUGUGGAACCUGCAAACACAGUCGUUUAAUGAACGAGAGAAAAUUUUCAAUCUCUUGUCUAAAAUGUGGACAAGCUUCUAUUCGGGCAAAACGUUGCCAAUUGUUAAAAGAAAGAACACGCGAUUGGGAGAGUUUAAUUAGAUCUUCCAUGUUCAAGCAUUUAUAUGUAAACUCCUUAGGAGUUGGUCAACGUUGGAUAACACAGCAGGUUGCAUGUCAGAAUAGAAAGUAUAGCAGUGUACAGAGUAAUUUUCUAAACUCCUUCUGGGUGGUAGGUCGUCUAGAAACUAUAGAGUUCUUAAGCGAUGACGCAAUGUAUAUUUCUAUUUUUAGGUUUUUUUCUAUAAACCAAAUAAUCUGAAAACCAUCAAUAAACAUCUCCUACUGUGCAAAAUCAAUUCAUUGUAUCCCGAAUUGACUGAAAUAUGACCACAUGAGCACAGCUUCUUUCCCCAUCAAAUUUGGCCUUGCCAAAACAACAGUAAUCCUUUAGCAAUGUCCAGCUCUUUCAGUUGCUAUAUCUCAGUCAACAUCCAACAGAUUUGAUUUAUUUAUUUUGCACUCUAAGAAAAAUUCAAUGGUGUUCUUUCAGAUUAAUUGGUCAUUUUUUGACGUCAUUUUAAGAACUCUUUUCAGCUUUAGGGUGAAUUUUCGAACAUGCCUAUAUUUCGCUUUGCUGAAAUCAAUUUACUCAACCUUCGUUUAUUAUUAAAGAAUUUGCUUAGCAAAGCUCGGCAGUUAUUAUGCACAAACGUUCGAGAACCUACAGCAAAUUUUAGAGCGAGGUUCUAACAUUUUACAAAUGUUGUGCAAUAUUAAUAAGGGCUGCUGUUGAUUGCAGAAUAUAUUGUCUAAGAGACUUUAUUUCUUAAUUUCUUUCUUUCUUAUUUUAGAAUCUUUGAGUAUACUUUUAUGAAUGUUUUAGCGGCCAUAAAUUGCCACAUUGGAAUCUUACACACAUAUCUACAUUUAGGCCUUAAGAAUACUUUUCCAUUAAAGACGCAACUUUUUAUACCGUUUAUUCCAAUUCUGUUGUCCCAGCUCAUUAUCUUUUAUACAUAAACCUUCUCAAUUCACUGCAUAUUUCCAAGCAGCGAGCCACGCAGCAUAGAUACACUUCAAAGCCUCAUACCCAAGCUCCUAUUCAUUUAUUACAUCACAACACUCACAUUUCUGUAUUUCUAUAUUUGCAUACUUCCAUAAUAAGCUGUUUUUCAAUUAUGUUAUCAAUUUUGGAAUUUGAAUAGUUCAGUUGCAGACCGAUUAUUAAUCAGAGUAAUGUUAUCUUAAUUUCUGAAUACACUUGAUUUUCUAGAACUUUAGAAAGAAAAUAUUCCACAGCUUUAAAAUCGUAGACAGUUGAAGAGGAGAAAGGCAAAGAGGGAUUGAUUUCUAAAUAUCUUGAAAUAAGAAUUGGUGAGCACGUCCCACUACUCUAUUCAUACUUAAGUCUUUUUUGAGCAGCCCCAAUGAAGCCUUCUUCCUCUUCUGCCUUCCGACCUCAUUAUAAUACCGCAUUCAUAAACAUUUGCGUGAUAAUUGAAAUUGUGUUUUUGAUUGAUUGAAAUUUGGCAACCGGACCUCUCUAUAUGAUUUUCUAUUUUGCUCUUCGAAUAAAUUGACAAACAAUCGGUGUUUAUCCCCCUCUGCUUGAUAAACCACAUCAGGGACACGACUGACGUCAUCAAAAUCACGCAUCCAUCUUUCACAGGUGGCAAAAGUUUUCAACUGAAUGACUAAAAACAAAGGAGCCAAAUUGGAUGCUUGUGGGCCGGUGCUGAGUAUAUCACACCUGCAUUUCAACGCAUAUUGCUGACAAGUUCUUCUGCAAGUGUGUGUUCAGAAGCGAGACUAAUCAAAACUGUUUGAUGUGCUUGUUUAAGAGCGUGAGGGAUCUAGAGACUUCAUUCGUGAGGGAUCUAGAGACAGCGAAAUGUGUUGUCUAGCUGUUAACAACUGAGGAGAGGAAUGAAAGUUACCGAUAUUGUAGAAGAAUUCAAGACCUUACCAGCUUUUUAAUAAAGAAGAAUCAUUUUUUUCUUAUGAUAAGAUGUGAAUGAAUAUUUUUAUACACGAGAAUGAAACACUAUAAUUGCAUUACAUUUGAUGUAAAAA